AAGGAACAUCAUUCUAUCUUGUCAAAAUAACGAACGAAACGAGAUGAAAAUGUUCUGCCAACAAAAAUAUUUCACAGAACAAAAAUAAUAAUUAUGCACAUUUUUAAAUACGGCAGUGCUUGUUAUCGUGUAAAAGAAUAUAACAUUACGUUAGAGUAAUCGUGGCGGUAUUCACGUGCAUUGUGAAAGUGUUUUAUUGGGAUUAUAACAGAGACAUUAAAAGUUUGGAGGUACAAUGGCGGUCAAUACAAAACUAGCUCUGCCUGUAGCCUUAGGACUAUCUUUAGUGACUGUCACAGCUUUAGUAGUGUACUAUGUGUUUAAAAAAGAUGAGGAAAAAACAAGUGAUAAAGUGGUGAAGUCAGCAAGGGUCAAUGUUAUUGAAGUUAAGGUGCCUAAAAGUAUAAUGCCUGCAUUGAUUGGUCGCGGUGGUAGUAACAUAAAGGAUAUAGAGAAUAAAUCGGGCGCGUUGAUCCACUUCAAAAAGUUCACCGACCAGGAGUACGACGUGUGCACAAUCCGCGGCAGGACGGAGACCACGCAACUCGCAGAGACUCUUAUACACGACUUCAUUAAACAGCAGCCGCUGAUCGAGCAGGAUACAAUGACUGUGCCCGGCUGGGCCUGCGGUAGGAUUAUAGGCUCUGGGGGUGAAAAUAUCACCGACAUAAGCCAUCGGAGUGGAGCCAAGGUGAAAAUCGAGUCGAUCCAGGCGAGCGACAAAGUGACGCAGCGGCAAGUGACCUUGCGCGGGACUAAAGAGCAGAUACAGGUCGCUAAGGGACUCAUAGAGAACUGCGUGGCCCAGGAGAAGUGCAGACGCGAGAUCGAGCAGUCCAAACGCAGCCCGCGCCACGUGUCGUCGCCGUCGCAGUCGCCGAGCGCGUCGCCCGCGCCGCCCGCGCCGGAGGACGCCCCAGGUGAUACGCACCACAACGCGCAUGUCAAAUAUAAAAGGCCCGGCGCGGAAUCGUCGGCGGCCAGUAUCGAGGUGUACGUAUCAGCCAUGGCGUCGCCGUCGCGGUUCUGGGUUCAGUUCGUGGGCGCGCAGGUGGCGCAGCUCGACGAACUCGUCGCGCACAUGACGGAGUACUACAGCAAUAAGGAUAACCGACAGGCGCACGCUUUGCGGCACGUGUCCGUGGGUCAAGUGGUGGCGGCGGUGUUCCGCCACGACGGGCGGUGGUACCGCGCGCGGGUGCACGACAUCAGGCCCAACGAGUUCGAUUCUUCGCAGCAGGUGGCGGACGUGUUUUUCCUGGACUACGGCGACAGCGAGUACGUGGCCACGCACGAGCUCUGCGAACUGCGCGCCGAUCUGUUGCGGCUGAGGUUCCAGGCAAUGGAGUGUUUCCUGGCGGGCGUGCGUCCGGCCGGCGGCGAGGCGGACGCGGCGGGCGGCGACCGCUGGCACCCGCGCGCCGUCGAGCGGUUCGACGAACUGACACAUGUGGCGCGCUGGAAGCCGCUGGUGUCGCGCACGUGCACGUACAAGAAGACCGCCACCGCCGCGGGGGAGAAGGACAAGGAGAUCCCCGGCAUCCGGCUCUUCGACGUCACCGAUGAAGGCGAGCUGGACAUUGGUGCGACUCUGAUUGAAGAGGGAUGGGCGGUGGCGGGACCUCUGUCCUCUCCGAGACCCUCGCCGCCGCGCGGACGACAAACACCCUUCGGGGACCUCAGCAACUCCAAGGUGCUCAGCAUGAUCGGCGGCGGACGGUGUUCAUCCCUGCCCAAGGACCACAAGGAUUGCGACCAGGAGACGUCUGAGAAGGAUACUCUGAAAGAGGGAGAAGGCUUGACAACGUCGAAAUCCCUAGCAUCCGGACUCGAGACCUCAAACAAACAUCCGUUGUCCGUUUCAAACUUCGAUUUAUCUAAAGUAAGACCUCAUUUGAACGGCUCCAACGACUUCCUAGACGUCGAAAGACAAAACAUAGACCGGGAAGCGUCAUCAGAAACCCUAGUGCCCAAAACUCCGGUGCCAACCACACCUAUUUUAUCUAAAAAACCUCUGGACGAGUUCAAAGCGAAUGUGACCAGAAUUGAUUCCCAUCACAGUAAUUUGGAGGCGCUGGGACGGUCUCAGAAUGAUUUGAAUAAGUUUAACUUGUGAAAAUAUGUUAAAACGCAGGUUGGUGCAAUGAUUCAGGUGUUUUGCUUUAAAUUAAAUUAUACAUAUUUAUUAGGCAAUUCAAAGUUUAGGUUGAGACGUAAACAAUUUUUGGUUAUUCGAUUUUCGUAUCGUCUUUCUAUUCACUUAUUACUUUUUUUUAUUAAUGACUGAUAUAAAAAUUAUUAGUACACGAUAUACCUUUUGUACCUUGCCAUCUUGGUAUAAAAGUUGGUGUUAUAUCAAGAUGUCUCAUGCAAUCGUCCCCCUAUAUUAACGUUGGAAAAUAUAAUCUAAAAUAUUAAGUGUAAUUUAAUUUAAGACAUUCUUACACAAAGAGAUCUGUUUUAAUAUCUUUAGGGAAGACAUACUUACUCCAACCUCGCUUUCUAAUUGUAAGAUGUUAACAAGUAUAUAAAAAAGUCUAAUAUUGUGUUAGUCAUUGUGUACUAACCGCCAUAUUCAAUAAAUGAUCCCAAACGCUUUUUUCAAUCUAUCUUAAACCAAUCAGAACAGUGUUUUUUGACAUGUUUACAAAUGAGUUAUUUUGAUUAGUUCAUUCUCAGAUUCGGAUUGAAGAUUGAGAUUGGGAUCGUUUAUUGAAAUCUGCUGUGUGAGAUGACAUUCUUUAAUCCCAUUUUAAAAAGUCUGCACAGUCUACCUUUCCUUUAUAAAUAUACCAAUGUGUAUAUCCGAUUCUAAAAGCCGGCAUAACUAUAUCGACUGGCGAGGCAUAAUCGUAUUCGGUCGAUAUUGUCAAUUUGCCGUGCAUUUCAAUAAAUCAUGGGCGUAUUCAAACAACUAUUCGUCUAUGAUCACUCCAUAUUUGAUACCAGCUGUUCCUAUUCAUGUCAAACAUUUUUGAUAUAACGUAUAUUAUUUGUAUUAUAGUGGCGAAGGGUGGAAUUUUCCCAUAGGGGAAUCCGACAACGUAAUAUUUAGUAUAUUACGCAUAUGCAUAAAUGCGAUCUAGAAAUCGUACUAAUGAAAGAAAGAAAGAAAGAAAAUAUUUAUUUGUAACAAGCAAAAUUCCCUAAUAUAGGUAAUUACAAAUUUAAUACACUUAAAUUUAUUUGCUCGUCACAAAAGCGAACCCAGCUCAGCAUAUGCUGAUAAAAAACCAGCGCUGAUCUUCCGCUGGGCCGUUUUGUGAUGUCACGGGCGCCAAAGGCAUAAACAUUACAAAACUAAAAGCUGAUGAGCAUCAUGAAUGCCCCGUGCAACCAUGCACCAAAAUGCAUGGGGGAAUGAGUAGACAUAAUGAUUAGAUUUAACAUAAAUUAUGGAAGGGAAGCCGACAGGAGUCGGUUUAUAUGGACUCUUCGUCACUACUGUAUUAUAAUGAGAUUAUAAAUGGUGACGAACUUCGUAACGAAACGGUUUGCAGAAAAGUAUGACUAAGAGAAGGUGCUAUAUAAAUUUGUUAAUAUUUUUUAUAUAGUAUAAAGUAUAAAUGUUCUAUUUUCAUUAAUACCAUAUUAUUUCAUUACCGCCAUUAUUAAUAAAUAAUGCCAAUCGUUUUUUUGAUCCUCUGUGAAAAUGGACCAAUCAGAACAAAGCUUUUUUGACAUCAUUACGAAUGGCUUAUUUUGAUAGGUUUAUUUUUAAACGGAUCGGUGAUUAGGAUUUUAUUAAAAAUGGAUCUUAAUAAAUAAAAAUAAUAACGUCUGUCAUAAAUACAUAAAAACAGAAAUUAUUGCCUCUAUUAUCUAUGGUUAGAUCAUAGAUUCAAGGAGAUAGCAAAAUCUCAUUCGAUGAAUCUUGCGCAUUGUAUUUAUAUUCUCAUUUCCUUAGCUUAUGUUGGUGAGUACAAUUUGGUAACAUGUGUAGGCAUAGUUAUGUCCUAGUAUUAGUUUCUUUUGCUUUAUAUUGCUAUUGUACAGGCAAAGGACAUCACACAUACUGCCAACGUGUUGUGAUAAUUAUUAUAUUAAUCGCGUCGAUAUUCCUUUGUAAAGUAAUGCGCCUAUUUAGUUUAAAAAUCAGAAAUCUCAACAACAUUGACCUUAUUCUAUUUUCAUAUUAUAAAUUGUAACAAAAAAAUACCUAUUUAAUUUUAACUUGUUGUACCUAUACAUUGUUUUUUGUCUAUCCAAUGAAAAUCAGUAUAAUAUAUCAUAAGACCCCGGUUCAUGUAAUUUAUCAUAGCUUGACUGUCUACUGAUAAGCGGCUGCCGGCAGCCCUUGUAGUCUUUAAAGGCCAUGAAAUAACGCCUAUUUUUGUUAAGCAAUUUUUUGACAACCAUACAAUAUGCUAGAUUCAUAUUACCCCAAUACACGUAGAAAUCUAAAACUUAUGUCGUAUUUUAAUUAUUAUAUUUUUUUGUUUAGAAAAUACUGAAAUAUUCUAUGACUAAAAUUAUAGCCAGGUAUAUAUUUAAAAAAUACAUCAGUACACUAGCAGUAUAAGUCGUCAGAAGCAUACGAUAGUCUGUGAUUGUCAAUAACCUUAAGUGUAGUUUGUAAGCGCUAACAUAACCGCUUAUAGUAUGUAAGAUGUGUAAAUGUUAAUAAUAAAUCAACCGUGUAUAAAUUUAGAAGAAAAAUUAUUUUAACCCAUUUAUCAUCGGAAUGUUUGCCGGCAAACAUGACAGUUAUAUGACAUUACGCGUGUCACGGAAAAUUAACCUUAUUAUGUAGUUCAUAAUAAGGUUAUAUUCCCGUGACACGCGUGUUUGCCGGCAAACAUUCCGCUGGUAAAUGGGUUAACAGUUGAUCCAAGAUCGCUUGUAAUUUGAAAUUUUGUUGAAAAUGGGCAUUCAAUGCACACGUCCUUAUAAAUGUAUGAAAAGGAAAAUAAAUGUAUGUUACGGACACAAUAUAUCAUAUAUAAAAGGGUUCGUUAUCCUAUUGGCCUAAUAUCGUAUCGUAAAGUUCAUUAUAACAUAUGGAUUAUUUAAAUUAACGAUUCCAUUUGCUGACUUCAGACCGAUCUCAAAACAAACCAAUCAAAAGUUAUCAGUCAAACGAACUACUCCAAUUGGUCUAAUUUAAAUAUCGAUGCGAUGGUAUCGAUUGGAAUCGAUUAUUGAAAUCGGCUCACACUGAAUGAGUAUUGCCUAUCCGGCUCUGAAAUGAAAUAUGCGCAAAAUAAUGUAAGAGAGAAGAAGCAGUCAUGCAGCCUGUAGUUGUUUUUUAGAAUUCUGAUUGAUUUUCAUCACAGGCUUGCGGGAAUGGAUAAGUAUUGCGCAUGCGCUAUAGUAAUAACGCAUCUACACAAAGAGAGAGGGAGUGUUUAAUUUUAUGAGGUCAUUGCUCAGUCUACUCUGUCUUUGUAAUACAGUAUGAUGGAGGUAAAAUGUAUUUAAUAUAUCUUAAAUGUUAAGAAUAUAUUUUGUAUAAUAAUAUAUAAUUUAUUAUUCAACACACAUUAUUUACUCAUAAAGUUGGUAUUUGCUUCAAUAAUUAUAUAAAGCUAUAUUAUAUUCAGGUCAUUACUAAAUAGGACAAGUGGUAAAUUAACUAUAAGAUGUAUAUCAAAACCUCCAAUAAUACUAUGGUGCUUAAUAUAGUCUGAUGUCAUAUAUAACUAACAUUAUAAGACGCCUUCUGGAACAAAAUAGCAACAAGAGUCAGCGCUGGUGGACAAAAGGCAAAAUUUUAUAACAAUCAAUUUCAAACCUUAAGUUCUUAUAUUUACGGCUGACCGAAAAACUACGCAUUUUUAUCGUAUUAAUAUCAAACCUAGAUUGAUUGAUUGUUAUAGAAUUGGGUUCGUAAAACUAAGCUAAAGCUGCUUUUAUAUCGUUAUAUGUAAAAUUGUAUAUAAUUUAUCCAACUUACUUCACUAAUGAGAUUAAUUAAAUUCCCUCCGUGUAUAUUGCAGAUAUCUAUUUCGUUACUGAGCCUUGGGAAAUUGUUGAGUUUACCUUAUAUAGUGAUAAUAUCCUUGUAUGAGACAUUGUAAAUGACGUGGUAAAAAGUGACAUAAAAACAGUAUGAUACGUGCUGUCAUUUAAUGUCUACUUGGAAAUGUUGUCACGUGUUGAGCAUCAAAUUGUGUCUCGUGAAUACGAUGUAUUGAAAUGAGAUAUUUGUGUGUGUUCUCAUAUUUUAGAGUCAAAUUAUUUAUUAACUGUUUGGCUUGUUUAAUGUUUCUUUGCUGGGCUAUUUCGGCUCAAAUACCUUGCAAAAUAAAAAAAAAAAUUUGUGCAUAUGCUUACGAUCUCUAGCUUUAUAGAUUAUGACCGCCUUAUGUACUUACAAAGUUUCAUUCAUUUCGUUCAUUCAAUCUUUGGUGCUGUCUGUAUACGGCUUUGUUAAAAUUAUUUUGUUCCAAAUUUAAAUUAUUUGUUUAAAUAUAGUAUACCUGUUAAAUGUAUUCAAUAAAUACUCCGUAAGUGCCUAACGCCUAUGUAACAAUAAAAAAAUAUAAGUUUAUACAAAAAUGUUUAAAUUCGCCAUCUCGAAAAUGCAAAGUCGAUUUUGAAAAAAAAACGCACAAUGCCCGAAUUUCGACAAUAAUGUAAUCUUUGAUGUAAGUAAAUACUUAAUAAAUAUAAAAAAGUACUAAAAAUAAUUUUGGUUGAUAUUAUGAUUGGAUUAUAGAUAUUAUGUAAUUGGGUGCUUUGAUGAAAAUAUUUUAAUAUGUUUAAGAUCGCAAAUUAGUGUAACAAAAUAAUUUUAUUAAAAGAGUUAAGAAAUAACUUGCACAGAGAAUCCAGUAGAAAAGUCCUAAAAUACUUUCGGGACAUGGUUUUAUUUACAAUUAUAAUUACCGCUGAUAUCUGAGUGUCAAGAGAUGUCAUGCGAUGGCCCUUGUAAUCAUUUAUAAUAAGGUUUAAUUUGUCAUAUCAAGUAUAAUGAUUUCUAUAAGGGUAAGAAUUCAGUUAUUUAAAAAAAAUAAAAAAAAAGUUCACUCAAUAGUCGAUCUCAAAUAUAUUAAAAAAUCAUAUAAGUCGAUAUUGGUGCCAUAACGACCAGUACAAAAUUUAGUAGAGGUGUGUUCAAGUGAUUUCUUGUCGAAUUAUUUGUUGGUUGAUUUUUGUUUCUGUAGUUAUUGCUUUACUUUAGAAUUGUUACUCGAAUAUUCGUUGCGUAUUUUGUAAUAGUUUUGUAAUAUUAUUUUUUAGGAAUAAAAAAUGUGAAACAUUG